GUCCCCGGGCUCAGACGCGGCGUCGCGCAGCCGAGCGAGCGGGGAGCGAGGGGCCGCCCGCGCUGCUGUCCCCGCCCGCGCCCCGCGCCUCCGGCGGCCGCUCGGAAGCUCAGCCCUCCCGCCUGCCCCGGCGCCGUCCCGGGCUCGCCGGGAAGCCAGCGGCCGGCAAGUCUGGGCGCGCAGGCGGCGGCCGCGGGCUCCGUGCGCCCCGGGGGGAGGGGGGUGGCCGCCGCUCCGGCCCGGCGUCCCGCGCGCUCUUCGGCGAUGGCUCCUCCGCGGGGGCGGCGGCUGCGCUUUCGCCCCUGCCGCCUCCUGCUGCUGCUCCACGGACUCCUGCUACCUCUGUGCGGCGCCUUCAACCUAGACGUGGACAGUCCUGCCGAGUACUCCGGCCCGGAGGGAAGUUACUUCGGCUUCGCGGUGGAUUUCUUCGUACCCAGCGCGUCUUCCAGGAUGUUUCUUUUGGUGGGAGCUCCCAAGGCAAACACUACCCAGCCUGGGAUUGUGGAAGGAGGGCAAGUCCUCAAAUGUGACUGGUCUUCUACUCGCCGGUGCCAGCCAAUUGAAUUUGAUGCAACAGGCAAUAGAGAUUAUGCCAAGGAUGAUCCAUUGGAGUUUAAGUCUCACCAGUGGUUUGGAGCAUCUGUGAGGUCAAAACAGGAUAAAAUUUUGGCCUGUGCCCCCCUGUACCACUGGAGGACUGAGAUGAAACAGGAGAGAGAGCCUGUUGGAACAUGCUUUCUUCAAGAUGGAGCAAAGACUGUUGAGUAUGCUCCAUGCAGAUCAAAAAAUAUUGAUGCUGAUGGACAGGGAUUUUGUCAAGGAGGAUUCAGCAUUGAUUUUACUAAAGCUGACAGAGUACUUCUUGGAGGUCCUGGUAGCUUUUAUUGGCAAGGUCAGCUCAUUUCAGAUCAAGUGGCAGAAAUUGUAUCUAAAUAUGACCCCAAUGUUUACAGCAUCAAGUAUAAUAACCAAUUAGCAACUCGGACUGCACAAGCUAUAUUUGAUGACAGUUACUUGGGUUAUUCAGUGGCUGUAGGAGAUUUCAAUGGUGAUGGCAUAGACGACUUUGUUUCAGGAGUUCCAAGAGCAGCGAGGACUUUGGGAAUGGUUUAUAUUUAUGAUGGGAAGAACAUGUCCUCCUUAUACAAUUUUACUGGUGAGCAGAUGGCUGCAUAUUUCGGAUUUUCUGUAGCUGCCACUGACAUUAAUGGGGAUGAUUAUGCAGAUGUGUUUAUUGGAGCACCUCUCUUCAUGGAUCGUGGCUCUGACGGCAAACUCCAAGAGGUGGGGCAGGUCUCAGUGUCUCUGCAGAGAGCUUCAGGAGACUUCCAGACGACAAAGCUGAAUGGGUUUGAGGUGUUUGCACGGUUUGGCAGUGCCAUAGCUCCUCUGGGAGAUCUGGACCAGGACGGCUUCAAUGAUAUUGCGAUUGCUGCUCCAUAUGGGGGUGAAGAUAAAAAAGGAAUCGUUUAUGUCUUCAAUGGAAGAUCAACGGGCUUGAAUGCGGUACCAUCUCAAAUCCUGGAAGGGCAGUGGGCUGCUCGAAGCAUGCCACCAAGCUUUGGCUACUCCAUGAAAGGAGCCACAGAUAUAGACAAAAAUGGAUAUCCAGACUUAAUUGUAGGAGCAUUUGGUGUAGAUAGAGCUGUCUUAUACAGGGCCAGACCAGUUAUCACUGUAAAUGCUGGCCUUGAAGUGUACCCUAGCAUUUUAAAUCAAGACAAUAAAACCUGCCCACUGCCUGGGACAGCUCUCAAAGUUUCCUGUUUUAAUGUCAGGUUCUGCUUAAAGGCAGAUGGCAAAGGAGCACUUCCCAGGAAACUUAACUUCCAGGUGGAGCUUCUUUUGGAUAAACUCAAGCAAAAGGGAGCAAUUCGACGAGCACUGUUUCUCCAUAACAGGUCCCCGGGUCACUCCAAGAACAUGACUAUUUCAAGGGGGGGACAGAUGCAGUGUGAGGAACUGAUAGCAUAUCUGCGGGAUGAAUCUGAAUUUAGAGACAAACUCACUCCAAUUACCAUUUUUAUGGAGUAUCGAUUGGAUUACAGAACAGCUGCCGAUGCAACAGGCUUGCAGCCCAUUCUUAACCAGUUCACUCCUGCCAAUGUUAGCCGACAGGCUCAUAUUCUGCUUGACUGUGGUGAAGACAAUGUCUGUAAACCCAAACUGGAAGUUUCUGUAGAUAGUGAUCAAAAGAAGAUCUACAUUGGGGACGACAACCCCCUGACAUUGAUUGUCAAGGCUCAGAAUCAAGGAGAAGGUGCCUACGAAGCUGAGCUCAUCGUUUCCAUACCACCGCAGGCUGAUUUCAUCGGGGUUGUCCGAAACAGUGAAGCCUUGGCAAGACUUUCCUGUGCAUUUAAGACAGAAAACCAAACCCGCCAGGUGGUAUGUGACCUUGGAAACCCAAUGAAGGCUGGAACUCAACUCUUAGCUGGCCUUCGUUUCAGUGUGCACCAGCAAUCAGAGAUGGAUACUUCUGUGAAAUUUGAUUUACAAAUUCAAAGCUCUAAUCUUUUUGACAGAGUAAGCCCAGUUGUAUCUCACAAAGCUGAUCUUGCUGUUUUAGCUGCUGUUGAAAUAAGAGGAGUUUCAAGUCCUGAUCAUAUCUUUCUUCCGAUUCCAAAUUGGGAGUACAAGGAGAACCCUGAGACUGAAGAAGACGUUGGGCCAGUUGUUCAGCACAUCUAUGAGCUGAGAAACAAUGGUCCAAGUUCAUUCAGCAAGGCAAUGCUACAUCUUCAGUGGCCUUACAAAUAUAACAAUAACACUUUGUUGUACAUCCUUCAUUAUGAUAUUGAUGGGCCAAUGAACUGUACUUCAGAUAUGGAGAUCAACCCUUUGAGAAUUAAGAUCUCAUCUUCGCAAACAACUGAAAAGAAUGACACAAUUGCUGGGCAAGGCGACCGCAACCAUCUCAUCACCAAGCGGGAUCUCGCCCUCAGUGAAGGAGAUGUUCACACUUUGGGUUGUGGAAUCGCUCAGUGCUUGAAGAUUGUCUGCCAGGUGGGACGACUAGACAGAGGAAAGAGUGCAAUCCUGUAUGUAAAGUCUCUGCUGUGGACUGAGACCUUUAUGAAUAAGGAAAACCAGAAUCAUUCAUAUUCUCUGAAGUCAUCUGCUUCAUUUAAUGUCAUAGAGUUUCCAUAUAAGAACCUUCCAAUUGAGGAUAUCAUCAACUCCACAUUAGUUACCACUAAUGUCACCUGGGGCAUUCAGCCAGCACCCAUGCCUGUACCUGUGUGGGUGAUCAUUUUAGCAGUUCUAGCAGGAUUGUUGUUACUGGCUCUUUUGGUAUUUGUAAUGUACAGGAUGGGCUUUUUUAAACGUGUCCGGCCGCCUCAAGAAGAACAAGAAAGGGAACAGCUUCAACCUCAUGAAAAUGGUGAAGGAAACUCAGAAACUUAACUGAUUUCAUGCCAGAUACCAUCAGAAUUACCAACUUCAUUAUAGAUUUAAAUCUCCUUCAUGAGGAAUAAAAUACCCAGACUGUAUUGCUGAUCAUGCCCAUUGGCAUUAACCACAAAAUGAGAACAAUAUUUGUCAAUCUGAUCAUUAUAAAUAAGUUCAGACAUACAUUUAAUACACAUACAGCAACUUGUGUUUUUAGGUAUUUAAAUAAUAAAAUUUUAAGUGAUAGUUCUUAUUCAAUGUACAUAAGACAGGUAGUGCCUGAGUUACUACUUUAUAUAGAAUAGUACCUCCUACAAUUACUGUUUCUGCUUUAGUAUGUUGGAUUUUGCUGUUUGUUGUUGUUGUUUUAAAGCAACCCAAAUUUGGACAUUAGCAUCCACAUCUUUUGUUCAGGUACUUAAUACACAUUACACUACAGUUGACUUUUCAAGCUACUAAAGACUUUAUGACUGCAUGAACUUGGAUUUUGAUAUCACUUAUAUGGUAGAACUUAAAAAAAAACAUGCAUGAUGCCAUCAGAAUUCUUGCCUGUGAUAAUAAAGGUACAAUAUUUUGUUUUAAUAUGAAAAUUGGGUAGAUGCUAUUAAAUUUUUAUUUAUAUUUAAUCCUCAGUUUAUUUUAUUACAUUUUACCUUGUAUAGUUUGUUUUAUGUCAAAUCCUUUAAGCCAAUCUAUACUAAAAAUUAAUUCUAGAAUCACAAAUGCCUCAUUUGUGUAAUUUUCCCUAAGUAUUACUGAAAGCCAUACAGAGUUAGAAAUCAUUUCCAAAGUAUAUUUAUUCCAUUGUUUUAGUUUGGCUAUUUGCAAUACAAAAAAGAACAUUUUAAUUAAAGUACUGUGUUUGUAGUUCUUUGAGAUAGUUGCUUAUUAAUAUAGUAGUACAUUCUGAAGAGUAGAACAGAAUUUUAGUUGGUAUUAAUUUAUUUUCCUCCUAUCCAUGUAUUUUUCCUUAUAUUUCUAAACUUUACUGAGAAUGGGUCAAGAUCAACGAGGAAUCUUUACAGUUUAUGUGAACCUGGAUCCCUCACCCCUGCCCCAUGAGAAAUGCUUAGAAUCAAAACUCUUAAGGUAGCUCACUGGUUUACUUCUAGCAAUAGCAUGAUGCUACUUACAUAAAUAUUACCUCACUUUAAGCAAGGUAAUGUGUAAAACCAGUCUCAGCUAUCAGAAUAACUUUUAAAAGGUAUUUUUAUAAGUAGUUCAAGUUAUUGAAAACCUUUCUUAGGUUUGUUAACAUAAAUUACUUUUCUAGGAUUUUUAAUAAAAGCUGCAUAGGUGGCAAGUUGUAGUUUUAUAUGCCUGUAAGGUGAUGAAUCUUCUAGUAGAAUAAGCAAUUUAUUCACAGUUCCUCAAGGCCUGGGGAUGACUAUCAAUUAAACCUAUUUUUGUGCAAUUACAUCAUGUUAUGCAUUAGAAAUUGAGAGUAAUAGCUUUUUAACUAUUGUCCUUAUUAGGCAAUGAUAAAUAUUUCCCUUAAAUCAUUGACUGUUUUUCUAUGUUUUAAAAAUAAUUGAAAUUUAUCUUGUCAUGUUUAGUGUUAUCAUUCCAUGUACAGUGACUGUGCUAAUCUUGAGAAUAUAUUCAUAAAAUAGAAGCACAUUUAGUUGAGUAAUACAAGAUAGACAAGACCCUAUAUUUAGCCUCAGUGAAUUUCAAAAUCAAUGGCUUUUGGAGUAUAAAUUUUAUUAGUAGCUUAAAAGAGUUUAGUCAUAUGCAAUAAGUAUUUUUAUUACCAUAAACUUAAAAUUCCUUGAGAAAAAAAAUAUUUUUAUCUUAGAGCCAAGUGUUGCCUGCCACCAGUCACUAAGCUAGUCUGUAACAAAUUUUACCUUGUCUUUUUUCCCACCUGAUAGUAGUCAUUCCCGAAAAUAUGUUGGCUAGAAAUUCACUCUUUGCUAAAAGUGUUAGUGUUUGCUUUUGCAUCAUCUGUUCCUUUAAUGGCCUCUAUCUCAAGGCAUAAUCUUCUAUUGGAAAUUGAAAGAUGCUGUAAUUGGAAAUUAAUAUGUGCUUAAUUUCCUUUGUGAAGUGUAGUUUUAAGCAAUAGUGUAGAUUUUCUUUCAAAAGAUGAAAAUUUAUAUCUCUACAAAAAUAUGGAGAAGUAUAAUUUGAAAGCCUUUUCUCUGAAAAAAUGUUAGGAUUCUUUUUACUCUAAAGUAUCAUGUGAAUGUAUUUGAUUAAAUAUCAAAAAUGUAUUAUGAAAACAAUUUUAAUCUCCCAGCAUUUUAAAUACUACUCUAUUUGGUAUUUAUUGAGAAUUAAAAUCCAUUUUGAAGGAUAAACUUCUUAUAAUCUGAUUUGGUUUUUAAAAAAUGUGAAUGAGCUGGAGGAUAUUUAAAGCAUUUGAAAAUGGUAAGAAAUAUUGAGGCUGAUACUAAUUUGUUAUAUGGGUAUUUAUUUCAGAAUUGAUAUUUUCAGAAACAUUUGCGUGAGGAUCAUUCCUCCCUUUACCUUUCUUUUAUGAUUAAUUAUCAAUAUAAUUCUGAUUAAGUUCUCAAUGAUUCUGAAAAGCAAAACAAUUAGUCAAAAUAUUAUUGCCACAAUUCUACCUGUGUUAUGAAACUACUUCAUAGUUAAUUCUCAUUAACACAUAAUAUUUAUAUUUCUAUAAAAAGAAAAUUCAAGAAUUAGUAAAAGAUACUUUACUGGCUUAAGAGGGCUGUGAAAGAUUUUUAAUAGUAAAUCAUGACCCUAGAGAGAGAUUUGUGUGGCGAAAGUAUAAUAUGUAAUAGAUCAGUUGGUUUUUGUAAGGCAAACAGAGUUUGUAAAUUAGUAGAUGUUCCUAUGUUGCAGAAUGUGGAGAAGAAGUAAGUUGUUCAUGGAGUACCCAUGUAUAGCCAUUGCCCAUUUCAGUGUCACUUUGUAUUCUUGGAUAGCUUGUAUAUGUAGUAGUUUGAUAAAUAAUAAUUUGAAAAAAAAACUCAGAAAAUUGAUUAGAGGAUCAAAAAUGGUGAAUGAAAUUUCUUAAUACUCAGUGUUUUGAAGUAUCCCUUUUAACUUGUUGGUUGGCUAGUUUGAACAGUGAAUUUGUGGACAUGCAACAUUCAAUAUAUGCUUGUAUUUCAUUUUAAUUUCUGAUGCAUAAUGGACAUCUUGGGGAAGGUACUGAAUCUUUGAUUUUUAUUGUCAUUAUUCUCAAGUGCAAUAUAACAAUGUAAUCAAACCUAGAUAAUUUCAAAGUCAUCAUUAAUUUAGUAAGCCUAAUCUAAACAGAGAUUUAUUAUUUUUUUUGUUAGCAGGAGAGAGUGAUUCUACUAGGGAUAAACAAAUGAAGUUGUUUAUUUCUAAAUGGUCCAUCUACAUUUUAUUUCAGGAUGGACAUGAACUAUUCCCUCCCAGUUUUAAAACACUUUGAAAUAUCUUAAGGUAACUUGGAAGCUGUGUAGUAUAUCAAAUUAAUUUGCUACCUAAUAACAUAGAAAAUAAAUAUUUUUGUGAUCACCCACAUUGGGUGAGACAUAAAAUGAGUCUGUUCUAAAAUUUGUCGUUUGCUAACUUGAUUUGAGUUAGUGAAAACUGGUACAGUGUUCUGUUUAGUUUCCAACUUUUAACUUGUGACUGUACAAUAAACUUGAGCAUAUGGUGCCA